AUGUCCUUCGUGGUGAUAAUAUCGUCUUCGUUUCGAACCACGACAACCAGCCUGUACUUCUCCACACUGGCUGUUCUCGACAUUAUUAUCCUGCUGUUUUCGUUCAUGGAUUACAUAGACCAGAUCGUGCGACCCAUGUUUAUAACUGGCGCGGGAUGUCUGUUGUUCUUCGUCUUCUACACCGCCAUUCAUUUCAACGUCAUGACCCUUGUUGCCAUGACAACGGAGAGGUACAUCGUGAUUCGUUUCCCCCUCAGAUCGAGACUACUGAUAACGAAGCGCAGAACCGCCCAGUGCAUCCUGGCGAUAGGUUCGUUUUCCAUUCUCCUGAACGUUCUCCACAUUUUCACCCGAAAACUGGAGGUAUACGAAAACACGACGUGCGAGUUCAGGAAUGAAGGCAGUAGAUAUUUCGUCACCGAAAUAUACGUCUGGAUCGACUCGACGGUGUACAGUUUCUUUCCAAUACUGGUUCUGUUCGUUCUGAAUUUUCUCAUAAUUUGCAAUGUCAGACGACAGCAGAAACAGAGGGGUCAACUCCAAGUGUUUGGACGUCCUCAGCGGGAUGUGCAGAAACAGCUUGUGGUCAUGUCCGUACUGGUCUCUGUCGGGUUUAUGAUACUGACGGGACCCGUGGCUUUGUGGUUGGUAAUCGGCAGGUAUUCGUGGAAGCCAGAUGGACAAGAAAAGGCAACCUUCAACAUGGUUGAAAGACUAGUGAGCAAUUUAAUGUACACAAAUCACGCCGUUAACUUUAUAUUUUAUUUCGUAGGAGGUAAAAGGUUCAGGAAAGAGGUGAGCAGGAUAUUUCUGUGUAAGUUUGUGAAUAUUACAAAAGCUAACAGUGAGCCGAGAUCGGUAGUUUCCGUAUCCACUGUCACGUGUGAUACAAGUUCGGUAGUUUCCGUACCCACUGUCACCGCUGACACACAUUUGUGA